AGCAAUCCCCAUUUUCACUAACUUCUCCUCAAAGAAAAAACACCAAGAAUUCACCAACUACUAAACCCCAUUUACACCAAUCAACAAAAUUCAAAAACAGAGAUAAAGAAAUGAAGUUAGUUUGGUCUCCAGAAAAAGCAUCUAAAGCUUAUAUCGAUACUGUUAAAUCCUGUGAGAUAUUUCAAGAAUCGAGUGUAGCAGAGAUGAUAUCGGCUAUGGCUGCAGGAUGGGAUGCUCAGAUGAUUGUAGAAACAUGGUCGAGAGGUGGGGUUAUGGCUACAAGUAUUGGAUUGGCUGUGGCAAAUCAUCAUACAGGUGGUAGGCAUAUAUGUGUAGUACCAGAUGAAGAUUCAAAAACAGAGUAUGUAGAAGCUAUGGAAAACGCCGGGAUGUCGCCAGAAGUUGUGAUCGGAGAUCCGGAAGAAGCGAUGGAUGGGUUGAUGGGGAUUGAUUUUUUGGUGGUGGAUUGUAGAAGAAAUGAUUUCGGCAGAAUUUUGGGAGUUGCUAAAUUAGGACACAGAGGUGCAGUUUUGAUUUGUAAAAAUGCAAGUUCAAGAAUUGCUUCUGAUUUCCGGUGGCGGAGUGUUCUCGACGGGAAAUCAAGAAUUGUUCGGUCGGUUUUUCUGCCGGUAGGUAAAGGUCUGGAUAUUGCUCAUGUCGGAGCCACCGUGAACGGCGGCGGAAAAAAGGGUGGCUCCGGGAAGACAGAAAGGCGAUGGAUUAGACAUUUUGAUAGAGAUUCAGGGGAAGAAUUUGUGAUACGCAAGUGAUGACGUCCAAAAUUCAAAAU